CUCACGCACAAUAGUCGUAGUUUGUUGUGUGCACACGUAUUUACAAAAAAAUUAAAAAAAAAUAAAAAUAUGACGAUGAGAUAGCUUGGAUCUUCAAAUGCAGUUUUAUCCAUCUAUUCCAGUGUCUCCUCGUAUUUUUCAAUAGAACCAGCUUGUUCCAGCGCUUGCAUUAGUUUAUGCUUUUGUGAUGUCCCACUCGAUGCUGUUGCAGCUGCAGCUGCUCCUUCUGCUGUUCACGAGCUGCUGGCGUGGAAUCACUUCCAGCCCUACAGACGACAGCGCAGCGAGGAGCGGCCACGGGGAACGGGGCGAGCCGGGAUUUGAAGAACAGCACCAGGAUUCAUACAGCACGUUCGCAUCUGAGUUUUUCGAGUCCAGAUACAUGACUGAAGAAGGCUAUCCUUUCCCCACCGCGCCUCCUGUAGAUCCUUUUGCCAGAAUCAAAGUGAGUGACUGUGGGGUAACGAAGGGUUGUUUCAGGUAUGGGAAGCCAGGUUGUGAUGCAGAGACCUGUGAUUACUUCCUCAGCUAUCGCAGGAUCGGGGCUGAUGUGGAGUUUGAGUUGAGUGCAGACACUGAUGGCUGGGUGGCGGUUGGGUUUUCAUCAGAUAAGAAGAUGGGAGGUGAUGAUGUCAUGGGGUGUGUCCAUGAUGACAAUGGCAGGGUUCGGAUCCAUCAUUUCUACAACGUGGGGCAGUGGGCCAAGGAGAUCAAGAGGAACCCAGCACGGGAUGAGGAGGGGAUAUUUGAAAACAACCGAGUGACCUGCAGGUUCAAGCGUCCAGUUUAUGUUUCCCAGGAGGAGACUAUUGUGGACCUGCACUUGAGCUGGUACUACCUGUUUGCAUGGGGACCAGCCAUUCAAGGAUCAAUCACUCGACACGACAUUGACACCCCUCCUGUGUCAGAUCACAUGAUCAGCAUCUACAACUACGAGGAUGUCUUCAUGCCCUCAGCAGCCUAUCAGACUUUCUCCUCUCCCUUCUGUUUACUCCUCAUCGUCGCACUGACUUUUUACUUACUGAUGGGAACUCCGUAAUCUGGGGUGCGCACAGGAACAAUAAGAAACAGAAUAAUAAUUUCUAAAAACUGAUGACUGGGAAUCUGUGAAUCACUUGCAGCAAAUCGAUCGGAACUUUGCCAAUUACUAUUACGUGGGAAGAACCUUUCAGGAAAUGAUUGUAAUGCCACCAUCUAACCAAAACGUUCACUCAAAAUGCAUUUGUGAAAAUAGCUUCUUGUUAGGCGGAGCCAUUCUCCAAGGCAAGGGACUGUUCGUUUUAGCAUCCUUGCCUUGUUCUACAGUGCUCUUAGGAUGUUCAUUCUGCACUAUUAUUACAAGGUAUGCGCAACUUACCCGUUACUGAUAGUUGGUAUUGUCUUUAGGAAGUAUUUAUUGGCAGGUAUCCAAUAAAUCCAUUCAUAACGUGUUGAUUCCAAAACAAAAAAGCUGUCUCCCUCACGUUUACAAUUGACAGUUUACUGCCUCAGUACGCCAGGAUGGCAGUAAAAAUGUCAGCACCCCGGAUGAGAGGAAAAUAAUCUUCCAAACAGUAUUUUAAAACACUCAAAGCGGAAGUUAAUUGCCAUUGAGUGAAAUCAAACUGUUAUGAAUGGAUUUAUUGGAUACCUGCCAAUAAAUACUUCUUAAAGACGAUACAAGUAUGAGUAACAAAUAUUCUGCACACCCCUAAUUAUUACAGUAGUUUUAUACAUGUGUGCCAGAGUUGCAUGUGCCAGUUAUACUCUUCCAUGUCCAUAUGUGUUAUUACAUAGCAAAACCAAUAGGUAUGUCAGCCGUUGUCAUGUUAGGGUGAAGAUCAGUGCAGUCGUUUGCCCACAUGUACCAUACAGUGUUCUCACAUAAAGAGACUUAAACAAUAAUCCAAAUUAGUAGACUUCUUCAUUUUGGAGUUUACAAAAGAGCAAUCAUUGAUGUUGUGUUUGGAGGCGGUAAGUUAAUGUCAUCAUAUCUGAGCAAUGUUUUUAUGUUGUUAAAAAUUAAAAUAUAUGGGUUAUAUACUCUUGAUUACCCUAUGGAAAUAGAAUGUUUAGGUUUAAUGUUGGUUAUUACCACACUAAUUGUAAGUUGUGUGUAUCUAUGCGUGUGCAUGUUUGUGUGUGUGUGUGUGUUUGUGUAUGUUUGGGAAUGUUUUUAGGGGGGCUGGCAUCAGGCCUCAGUUCUAGUAAUUUUUUCUUACAUAAUUCUAGGUGACAUUUUAAAUUAGAAGCGUUUCCUCAUCAGAAACUAUUUUAAAAUGCAGCCAAACUUUGAAGCCAACAUAUUGAUUAAAUAAUUGCAAUUUCGAAAACCAUGAGCUGCAGUUCUGCUCAGAUGUGAUUUGCAUAUGAUUUGCCACUUUCAACCAACUGUGGUGACAAUAGGGGUGCCAGGACAAUUCUAAAUAAAAAAGUGUAAUGUUUCUUAAGACAUUAUUUUAUAUUUUCUAUAUUGUAUCUAAUUGUACAAUACAUUGGGAUGAGUAAUGCAAUAACUGUAUUGAAAAAAAACAAACAUGUGUAAUAAUGGUAUGUUCCAUUUAAUUAUGUGGUGGCCUUUUUUGAAUCGCCCUUUUCAGAGUUCAGGUGCUAACAAACUGGUUUAAAGAUAAAGUAUUAUCAGUUAGUGGAAAUUAGCUUUUGGAUUUGACUAGUUUGAGGUUAGAGGUUAUGUAGUGUCACUUUGAUGGUUGUUUUUUCAUAUAGUUUUGAUAUAUUUUGCUGCAAACUUGUGGUGAAUAUGCAGCAAACUUGCCACAAGGUCACUUUUCACAUGCAAACUAGAUGUUCUGGCAAACAGUUGUGGCAAUCUUCUGGCAAACAUUUCUGUUGUAAUAAUCUCAAACUUCUGAUGAACUAUUGUGAAUAUUGUGAUUUGCUUUUUUUUGUAGACAUGCAGAGGAAAUAUAUGAAGAAUUAAAAAACCUAACAUGUAUUUUCAAAUAUCUGUUUUCUAAAAAAAAAUGAUAAAAAAAGAAUGUAUACACACCAGCUUGGGAUUAAAGUUUUGAUAAUUGAGCUCACGUGUUAAAAAAGUGGAACACAAUAACAUGUUAACAAUAUCUUCACUGCCUAAUGUCUUUACUUAAAUAUUCUUAUAAUACAUGCUAAAUAUUCUCAUUAUACAUUAUAAUCCUAGAGUCACAACAAACAUAGAAACUAUUUUGUUAUGCUCCAGGGUAUGUUUUGCUUGGGUCGACAUUGUCAAUACCGUUUAGAUUUUAGAAUGCUUGAAUCAGAUCGCCCCGUAUUCUUCUUUUUUCAAGACUCAAUAGAUUCAAUUCUUUUAGCCUGUCUGCAUAUGACAUGCCUUUUAAACCAGGAACAAUUCUGGUCACUGUAACUAUUAAGUAAAUUACUUGGUAGAUUUUAUGUAUUAUAUAGGGAUUGUAAAUUAAUUGAAAGCUAACUUUGCUAUCCAUUACUUCCAUGCUGACAUCACUAAUUACUAAGUUUUUACCAAAUAAUACUUAGUAAUCACAUUAAUUUCACUGUAUUAACCAAAACAAUUACAUACCGAGAGUAAUUUCUGUGUAACAUGUGCCCUCUUAAUGGUACAUUUCUGUCAAUAUAGUAUAUGUAGAAAGAAACUGGGUCUGCUAAUAUUAACAUGUUAGGAGGAUAGGGAGGUUAUAACUAACAGUUUCUUGAGAAGUGUAUUCAGCAAUGUAAUAAUAACUAUAUAGAGUUUAUUGUUAAAAAAAUUACAAUAAAUUAUUUUGUCUUUGC